GUCAUAAUGGCGACCGCGAGAUGUUGUUUCGAGUGUCUUUUUUUUUACUGAGGUCGACUCGAAAUAUCGUUGCGGCAUCAAGGAACGAGGUAUCGCAAGAGCGAUUCAUCGAUUAAACGGCAGCAGCAGCACCACCGAGAAGUACGGAUGAACGUUUUCGCGAUGGUCGUCGGCGAACCUGCCGUGAACAUGAGAUAUUUGAGAGGCGUAGGUUUUUCACGCUGACGAACGCUACGCUGUAUACGCGCAUAAAAGGUGAUGCUCUAGAAGAAUAAAGAAUCGUGAAGUAUCGUAAGAAGUCGCGAGGACCGUGAAACGGCCGUAAUACCGCGACCUGGUGAAUCUAUAUGUCGUUCUCUAGUGCCAAGUGUGAUACCUCUGUGCUGUGACGUGAUUCUACAGGAAUUUCCUUUCUUGAACUGGAUUGUGCUUUAGUGUCAUUACGAAGAGGAUAGUGCUGGAAUAGUUUUCUCAUCCUUGUAGUCGAGAAGACAACUUUCAAACAAUUUUGUGUCAAGUCCUACCAUUGCUAUGACGAGAAAAAGGACCAGUCUGUAUGUAUGCUCUUUUCUUCCAUUGCGGAUGCUGUGAUCAUUGAAUGUGGAAUACGAUCUCACGUUUCUUCGCCAAGAGCAAGCUAGAGGAGUCAGUGGCUCAGAGCGAGGAUACAGAGCCAGAGUCCAUCAGCAACAGUGUGCCAGUGCCUGAAGAAGUUGUCCAUGUUUUCAACGAGAUGGACCGUAACAUGGGCGAUGAUCGACGAAAAGGCGACCAGCAGCUCCAUGGUGGUGACUCCGAACAUGUAUCUGAUGGUUUUGAUACUCGUCAGGCCAAACAACGUGCCUCCGUAAAAUGGCUGCUGUCGAAGGCGUACAACAACCGCGUGCCGGACAACCUUCGCGAGCCUUAUUAUCGUGAUCAUGAGGACCAGGAACACCUGAAGCCUCAGAUAGUCCACGCUCUCUCAAAUGCUGAACUCUACUGCCUGGCCCUGGCGAACAUCUACUCGGACCCCAAUUAUCACAAUCAGAAUCAUUGGGGCAUCCUGCAGGCCCUUGCCAGGAAGGGCGUCUACGUCUCGGAGCCGAAUAAUACUCAGCUGACGGAAACGAUCCUCAUACAGAAUUCGCCACUGAAAAUGUCGGCGCACAUGGCUGUGAUAGAGGGCCUGAUGGUCCUGUACGCGAAGGAGGUGGUGACGGGUGAUCGCGUUGUGGCGGCCAUUCAACGUUUCAAUCCUCAGACGGAAGUGACGGUACCUGCCGAUCACGAGAAGGGUCUCCUACUUUGGAUAAGUCAGGCGUCGCAGGCGCUAAUUGCCAAAAUUCAGAUGGAGGAAGGCGCCGGGGACAAGACCAGACUUCCGGAAUUGCCGGCUGCCAAGGAUUUUCAAUCCUUGUACGACGGCGUGGGCCUAGCCGCUGUCGUAGCGUUCUACUGUCCCGGGGAGCUCAACUGGAUGGACAUCAGGGUCUCGAAGAGACCCUCUGUCGCGGAUGCGCUUCACAAUCUAUCCAUGGUUCAUGCCUUUUGCGUCAGAUGUUUGCCCUACUCCAUCUUCCAUAUGCAGCCUGAGGAUGUUACUUACAGGAGAGGGUCCAUGAAGCAAAACCUCGUCGUGUUCCUCGCUGACAUGUACAAUGUCCUGGAGAUACAUCCGGUGAAGUGUGUUCGUUAUCCCGGCGAGGAGAGAGCGCUGCAGUUCUUAGAUGCGUGCCCGCGCAAUAGUCAUGGCGUAGCUCAUAAGAGAAGUCUACCACAGUCUAUAGCUCCGAUACCCGACCUGAGAAGCAACCUCUCCGUAUCCGCGCCAGGCUUCACAGUCGCCAAAGCAGCGCCGAUCGGUUCUGUGAAAAAGUCACAGUCACUACAACAGACGACAGAACAUUCACACGACGACAGGAGAAUCGGAAGCGAAGAUGGAUUCGUAGUUCAUCGUGGAAAAGGUGUUCCGACGUUGAGUUCAGUAGCCGACGAGAAAUCAUCAGCCAGAGCGGAAGCUGCUGGUCGACCUAGUAACUGGGAAGAUCAACGACGAAGUUCCUACGCAGGUCGACGUUCGCGACGUAACAGCGUCACCGACGACUCUCAGUUGACCAUCGAAAACUUUGGAGGUUCACAGGACAAUUUACACAAUUUUGGGAGAAAUCCUGACAAAGAAGUGGGUGUUCAUAUCGGGAAGCGAAGUACAACCGAACCCACACUUCCGGCACGGUCCAGUGUUCAGGAUGUAUACGGAAGUGGAGUCCAGCUGAUCCUUUCCGACAACGGUUACAACAACGAGGAACCAGGGAGACUGAGGCGACAGGCUUCGAACUCAAGUCUGAACAACGUUGCCCUCAAGAACAUUCUACAUUCCAAUGAUAACGAUAACACCGACGGGGAGACCACGAAGAUGGCGAGUUUUGCCAAUUUGAGCAGGCAGAGCUCGGAGAAGGGUAUUAACUUUACGUACAUGGAACAGGAUCGCGAAGAUCCACCUGCCAAGUCUAGUUUCACUAGUAAAAAGCAGGGCCAGAGCAACGGCAACGGGUUCGCCGAGAAGAAAACCACUUUUGCCACGUUACCGAACACAACCACGUGGCAACAACAGAGCAACCAGCAGAUGCAACAGACGGAACAUCACGCGGCUGAUGAAAAUGGCGGAAAUACGGUAAUGGCCUCGCAACUUAACAACAUCAGGAUGAAGCUGGAGGAGAAGAGACGACACAUAGAGAAUGAGAAGCGGAAGAUGGAGGUUGUUAUGUCGAAACAACGACAGAAGGUUGGAAAAGCAGCCUUUCUACAGGCUGUCACGAAGGGUAAGGUUAAGUCUCCCUCUUCGUCAACGUCCGGGGGUGACAGUCCGGUGGAUCAUACUCCCCCAAACCCAAUAAACUCCGGAUCCGCGGGGGAGACCCCCACAAGCAUUGCCGAGACAUCCCUUGUUGUAACCCAACAAACCUCACAAGAAAAACCGCAACGUCCCUUCUCGCUCAAGGAAAUUAGCGAGGACGUCCGGGACGUCGAACACAAAUGGCUCGAGCAAGAUGGCAGCGCUCCUUUCAUCGAAACACGAAGAACGCCUGACAUCGAGAACAUGGACCUGGAUCAGUAUCAUCAGUCCAUAUCUCAACCUACGUUAAAUUGUCACAGGAUGAAUAGCAGCCUCAGUGAAAUUCAGGCAGACAUCCAGAGACUUGCCAGUCAGCAAAAUCAAAUACAACAGCAGCACUUGAUGAGUCAACAUCAGCAGCAGAUGCAGCAGCAGCUACAGCAGCUGCAGAGUCUCAGCCAGCAACACAUGCAGAAUUACGCAAUUCCCCCAAUGAACCCGAUGACACCGAGAAUACAGGACAGUCAGCAGUCACAAUUUUAUCUUCACGAUCAGCCGCAAAUCCAGAGAAGAACCUGGAGACAACCACCGAUUGGCCAGAGUCUUGCAAAUGAAAUGACCGCGGCUGGCUAUCAGCAGAAUCCUGACUCCCGAUACAGUCCACAGCCAACAGUUUAUCAACAAGAUCCGCGUCUGUACCAAGACACGAUAACUUGGGGCUCGCAAUCGCCUCAGCAAAAAGGAUUUGUACUCCACCACGACGCUUCCCAGGAGCAGAGGUAUCUCAAUGGUGGCGAUCAUAGUCUCUGUAAUAAUCAAAUGAAUCAUCCACCAGCUGCGUAUCCGAGCCCAGCAACCCUUUUCAACCAAACACCGCCUUCGUCAGCUAGUCCUCAACAUCGUAACGCCGUUCAUCGAAUAAGUCAACUGAUGAGCGAGAGUCCAGAGCCGAAGAGGUCGACUGUACAUCAUAUUCCAAUCACAUGCGAGAGCCCCACCGAGAAACGUCAAGCUGCUGUUCUUCACACACCGGUACCGGCACCUCCCGUCGACGAUAUGGAACCUCAAAAUAUUUCCUUUAUUGGGAAUGAUGAUGAUCUCGCCCAAGGUAUACGAGGUCUACACAUCACGUCGGGUAGUCGAACGUACAGAAUACCGUCUCCUACCAGACCGCCGAUAUCGCGAAAUUCCUUCCAACCUCAUCCGUCGUUACGAGAGGCGACGCCACCGCCAUCCUCGACGCCGGAGGUGACGCCACUCGAUCCAACAGACGCAGGCGAGAAGGGUUUUUAUAUUUCCUUUGACAAUGAUGCGCCCAAGAAGCCCAAACCGACGCUCAGGGUUAAGAGAGCAUCGCCUAAGAAGGAGAGAAGCGUGUCGUCGUAUAUAGAACAGGAAGACUUCACGGUACGACCCGAGUCUCCUCCUGCCAGCGCAGCUGAAAGACAGAGGCAAAUGGAAGCGCAGCGAGACUUGGAGAGGGAGCGACUACGGCAAGCCGAGGAACGAGAACAGCAGAGACAGGAAAUGAGGGAUCGGGAAUUGCAGAAGGAAAUGGAACGUGAACGACAGAGAGAACGACAGCGAGAUGGCAGUGCUGAGGGACGGCAGGCUGCUGGUACCGGGGUUGGUCUUGUCAUUGGAAAUCAGUUGACCAAUCCGGAUCCUAAUUCCCUGGACGAGAUGGAGCGAAAGAAAGAGCGAAUAAUGCUACUGUCGCUGCAGAGACGGCAGCAGCAGGAGGAAAUGAAGGAGCGGAAGGAAGCGGAAGCGCAGGCACGCAGGGAACAGGAGAAGCUUAAAGAGGAAGAGAGAGCUAGAAAGAAGGAGGACGAUAGACAAAGAAGAGCUGCCAUUUUGGAACAGUAUAAAUUGAAAAAGGCCAUCGAGGAGGCCGAAAGAGAGGGCAAAGUACUUGACAAGGAGUUACUGAACGCUAUAAAACCAACCAAACUGCGGAACAAGACUGCUGCGGGUCGUCCGCGGCCGAAGACGAUUCACGGGGACGCUGGCGCCGAUCUGGAUUCCGGUGUAUUGACGCCGAGUCGCGGGAAGAAAGGCUCUUCCUCAAAUCUCAGUACAGCGUCGCUGAUGUCGCCGACGAUGAGGCGAGACUACUACCGAGGCUCGCAGGACAGUCUUACUGCCGCCCACCUCGACGACAGGCGUUCCGGGUCCCUUUAUCAGGGUGGCAGUCUCAGGGUAUCUUCCGUAGAUUCACCGGAUGACGGUGGCGGCUCGUCCCCAUGUCGAAGUGUAAAUCAACUAGGACGUCGCAGUUCCUACAAGACAUCACGUGAUGCGCAGGAGCCUCAGCAACAGGUUAGAGGCAGGCCUAAAUACCCGUCUUACCAAAACUUUAAGGGACGAAAAUCUAAUUCCUUGAUGAAUUUGUGUGAUUCGGAUAGUGGUCUGGGUACAUCAACGCCACCACGGAGAGCACCGAGUCCUGGAGUAGGUGGUAUGAGACACCUGCCAUCGCCCUCGGGUCCAGGUUCCUUGCCACCAGGAUUCAUGACGAAGAGAAGAGUCUACGAUGACGGAAGUAGCGACAUCAGCAGCACUCCUAGUUCGAUGAUGGAUUACAAUGGUCCACGACUGUACAAACAACCCACGACGAAAUCCAACCGUGGCAUAAUGCUGAACGCUGUAGAGUAUUGCGUAUUUCCGGGCACGGUUAACAGAGAAGCCAAAAGACGCGUGCUCGAGGAAAUCGCAAGAUCCGAGAGCAAGCACUUCCUGAUCUUGUUCAGGGAUGCUGGCUGCCAAUUUCGUGCACUCUACUCCUACUGCCCUGACGGUGAAGAGGUCUCGAAACUCUAUGGUACCGGACCGAAGCUGGUUAACGACCGGAUGUUCGACAAGUUUUUCAAAUACAAUUCUGGCGGCAAGUGCUUCUCGCAAGUUCACACGAAGCACCUGACUGUAACCAUAGACGCCUUCACGAUACACAAUAGCCUCUGGCAAGGCAAAAAGGUCAAUCUACCGAACAAGAAAGAUAUGGCUCUCGUCAUAUAGUUUUACACCAGUGUCACACCUAACAUUACGCUACUAUGCCCUCUGUUGUUCAUAGUUACUAUUUUAAUACAGGCCCAUAUUAAAUUAAUGCAAACGUUGCGUUCUUAGUCAAUUUUAUAAGGUUCGGGAUACCUGAGAUCGGUGCUGACUUGCCUGCACUAAAACGAGACACGUGACUCACUUAAUGGGUCCGCAUUAUAUAUACAUAUGUAUAUUACAUAUUACACUGCGUUCUAGGAUUUUGUUCUUUUAUGCCAUUUUGUCGAAUUUUUUUUUUUUUAUCGUUCCUUGUAUAUCGUGUAUGUUCUGUUCUUGUUCUCCCCCCCCCUCUCUCUCUCUCUCUCGCUUUCUCUCUCCCUCCUUUCUACCUUGUCCUAUUCUUAAUUCUUCGUCCUUCUCGUCCACCAUCUUCCAUUAAGAUAUCUGGUUGUCGGUGUCAGCACCGAUUGUCGUGUAACACGACUAUCAGUAUCUUAUGAUUAGGAAUUGUUUGUACUCGAUAGUUCCAGUAUUUCUCUACGGACUAACUCCUUUGACUUGUGUAAACCGCUAUGUUGAUUAUGAAGUGUGCGAUGCGACAAUUUGUUAUUUCUGUUGCACAAGAUUUAAAAGUCACGUAGAUAUAAUAUCGACGUGACGACGCAUUGUCAUUUGAGAUCUUUUUAAAUUCAAUUGGUUUCAAAGGGACACGCAAGAUUAUCUCGUGUGCCUUUCGAUGAUGAAAAUUAUGUAGAGUAAAAUUAAGGCAUAGAGAAAAUUAUGUAAAAAAAAAAACAAGACCUUUUUCGUCGGCAUACCAAUCGUGGAAUUUGUUAUUCAAUGAAUGGAUAUGUUGACAAGAGGAAUAUUGAUAAAAUUUUGAUUCCAACAAAUGGACCGUUAUAUCUGUUGACAAUGGUCUACUGCGAUCUCUGGGCGAUCGAGCUAGGAUUUAAUUAGCACUGUUCGCCGUGGGCGCGUUAAAUAAGAUUCUCAAAGUCGAUAGAAUAUUUGAUAACAAUCCAAUUUGAAUUAUUGGUAGUCGAAUAUCGCGCUCAUUUCUCUUCGCGCAAGUGCUGGACUGUUGUCGGUGAGUCGUCGGUGUAAUCUGUAUUUUGUGCUUGUUGGUCGAUGAGAUGGUGGACGGGGUGAUGUGAGUGAGAAACACGGAGGUGCGAGAACAUAAGAACAAUUCGUGAGGCGAAGGUAGUUUUGUAAAUAAAUAAGUCGAUCGCAUUUAACGAGAAUGAAGAAGGACAGAGAAGGGGGAGAUGAGAGAAAGGAAGAACAAAAAAUUCCAAAUCAGCCUUGCAGUCAAUCCGGGCGAGAAUAACUUUUUUUAUGAUGGAUAAAAGGAAGUAAAUAAAAUGACAAAACCCUCUUCCGCGUGUCGUGAACGAGACUCGGGGAAAAAUAAAUGAUCAAAAGAUGAUCUCUUUUCACUGAUUGGUGUGUAUUGUUUUUCUUUUUUGUAUGACCGUAUACCGAACUGUUAUUGGCUGAGUGGGUGUGCGUGUCGCGUAUUAAUAAUAAGAGUGAAAUUAUGUCAUAUUUUUUAACAAUGCCAAUUGUUGACAAUGGGCCUGCUUUUCAGUAUUGCUGUGUCAGUAUUUUGCGUUUUUGAACAAAAAUAAUAGAAACACGCGCGCUAACAGGAUCACUGGUCUCUGAACUACGAGGUGUUCGAAGGACGUUGAGGGAAUGUCGCGUUAAAUUUUAACAAAGAAACUAGAAGCAUAGAGGAAAAAAAGGAUAAUCCUCGCGUCCCUGGCGAGGAAGAAGAGGCACGCGUAGGCCUUUUCACGUUUGCGUACAUGACAAGGGACUAGAAGAAAAAUUGUAUUAGGUUGUAGAGUGACUAACGAUAAGACAAAACUGUGUAUCGUGCCAUAGAUAGUAGAGACGAUCCUCGCCGGGUCGAGGGGUGAUAGUGGGGUUGGUUUGGAUUUGGGUGUGGAGGUCGAUUAUCACAGAAUUCGAAGCCUCAGUACCAAAAAUGGAGAGAGAGAGAAGCAAAAUAACUAUUAUUUUUUUUUGUAUUUAAUAUUUUUUCACGAAGAAAAUUAUGCCGCUCGAUAUGCGCCGAGCAAGCGAAAUAAUUAGUGCUAGAAAAGCAUAAGACUGUAGUACGUCCAUGCAAAACGUCCAUGCAAAACGUCAGACGUUUUCCAGCUAUUAAUACUCUACCUGGAAUUAGGUAUUAUUGUCAAUUUUUUUUUUCUUUUUAAUUUUAUUUAAUGUCAAAACAAUAGUACGAAAAGAGAACGUACCAGUAUUAAGAAAGCUGACAUGUAUGGAUAUCCGUUGCGUGGGCGUAUUACAAAACGAGGCGUAUUCGACUAUUAAAUAAAAUAAUUGCGCAACAUAUCGAUCCUCAUCUUCUCCACAAUUUGGCCCAGUGGCUGGUGUCAAGAUAGAGUACAGCAAAGUCUAAUUAUAUUUUGUCGUUAUCAGGCGGAGUCUCGGCCGUUGCUGUUAUUGUUGUAUUGCUGCGUCGAAAAUAUAAAUGCGCACUGCGUUGUAUCGGAUGCGCCGUUGAACCAUGACCGAGUAAAAAAAUGUAUGCACGAUGAUUAUACAAGAAAUUGGAAUCCGUCGAUCCUUUAUAAAUAUUCAUAUUGAAAAAUUUAUCUCUCCGCUCUCGUGUAAUGUAAAUGUAAUUGACGCGCGCUUCCUGCCGUCAAGAGGGAGGAAGACAAGAGAGAGAAGAAAAAAAAAUUGGCAAAGUAGUGAAAAAAGAAAAGAGAAAAACAAGCGACCGCGUGACGUGGGGGGGAGAAUUCUCACGUUGAUAACAAUCUUUGGAGAUUUGGAAUUUAGGCGGAAAGGCGGUGCUGGGGAUGAGUUAACGAAAAAGAAAAUAAAUCUAGAACCAAGCAAAUAUAAUAUUACGUAUGACGUGUAUGUUAGUUGUAAUUUCACACUCAGAUACAUAACGUCAAUGUUGACGUUAUGAAAAUGAAUGAAAAAUUACAAGAUGCAUGUUACAUGUGUAUUGUGCUCGCUGGGAAGAAACUUAAAACAGUCCGAAUUGACAAUAUUGAUGAACGAAGCGUUGGGAGUCGUUGAACUGUAUGAUUUAACUUUCUUUUUGUAUCUAAAUUUUCUGUUCUUUUAUUUUUAAUACAAGUCUCUCCCUUCCGUUCCAUUACUGUUUGGCCAAUGACAACGCGCGAGCCGUGACGAGUCCAAGUGCUUUGUAGCGGUGACAUGUAGUAAUGAUGCAAGGCAAGCAGAUAGAUUAAAUGGUGAAAACGAAGCAUGAAGUCGAGAAGUGAAUUAAUAAAUAUAGUCACUAAUAUUAAGAGUUUAAUGUGAGAGAUGAGAGUGCGUGUGAUCAGUUGAUGAUCGGAAACGGAAGCCAAUGUAGCUUGGAAGCAGUGACUGCUUUGUGCUUGAUAUUUAUAUUUUUUCGAGAGAAAGAGAGAGAGGGGAGAGAAGAGAAUGCGAGGGAGAGAAUGAAAUGUAAUAUUAAUAAUGAGCUGAUCUAUACGGCACAAUUCUUGUGUAUGGAAUUUACCGUGGGUUAGGUUAGUAAAUAAAUACCGUAAGACCGUAUUGAUAGUGAACACAGACAAGAGAAAGAGAGAGUACACGUGGACGUAAAUGCGAGAAGGAGAAAGGAAAAAUUGUGAAGCAUGAAAAGAAAAAAAAAAGAUUAAAAACAAUUCUAGGUACGACGUGUGUUUGUACGCUACAGUAACCGCGCGCUUACUAAUGAUAAACCGAUUACCCUUAUGUAAUAAUUCUUAAUUUUUAAUCGUCAUCGUGAAACUUCGUCACGUAAUGAUUUUUCAAUUUUGAUCCAUGUCUCUGUAAAUAUUAUGUUUUUAUAUACAUAUAAACCAAACCUACUACUA